CAGCGAAUUCAGAGCGCAGCGACUGACAAGCAAAGACAAAUUUUCGUGAUGACGAUGUUUCUGACUAGCCUAGUAAUACUGGGUCUGACGGGCCUGAACGCGGUGGCUGGACUAUUUCCGUUAACAAUUCACCCCCCUCCCACUGAUUACACACUCCCACCCCCCACUGAAGACACACCACCACCACCACCACCACCACCACCACCACCACCCACUGAUGAUACAGAAGGAUUCCCCGAAAAUCCAGACGGCGCUAUAUUCAGAACAAAUCUCGAGGACGGGACGUUGAUAGUGACCGGGUUCUCAACAAACCAAGCCACGUCACCGGAUGGUAAACACUACCCAGCGGAGGUCCACGAACAUAGCGAAUUCCCCACACACCAACCAGAAGGUGCAGACGACUCUCACCCACAAGACGGCGUCUCUGACAUACAGGCGCACCCCCACCUGGUGGCCAAGCGGCAGAUCAGUCAGAUUAGUUAUUGCCGGACGGUGCAUUACUGGGUCAGGCCGUGGUGGGUUUACUGGAGAAAUAUUUGGUGGCCCGUCAUGAACUCCCCCUGGUGGGGAUGGCACUGGCAUCACUGGUGGUAUUGUUUACCAGGUCGAUGCAGAGCCGUCAUGUUUGAAGGAAGAAGGUUUCGAUAUUUGUGCUCUCGCUGUAGAACGGAGUGGGGCUGGAAACGUGUGCCGGUGUGGUAUUACUGGAUCCCGCGCUGGAUGUGGAUCCGCGCACCUGUCGGGUGUUGCUGCGACAUUAGGAAUCAGUGGUGGUGCUAGUCUACACGUCACGUGACGUCACGAUUAUCUUCAAAAUGCACGCGCAUAUAUAUACUGCUUUGUAGGUAGCACUGGAGUAUAAUACGUUAAUAGAUAUUUAUGGCAGAGCAAUCGGUCCAUAAUUCUAAUAUACCACAUGUUAUCUACCGCGUAACUUUUUGUCUGAAGUACAGAAUAAGCUAUUACUUGGACUUUUGAUUUUUCACGUUUAGAUUUAAAGCCGACUACCGGUAUUUGUUUUAGGCCUACUGAGAUUUAAUAUAUAUAGUAUUGUGUAACCAUAUCUCUCUCUCUCUUCCUCUGUACCAGUAUAGAAAGAGGCGUGAAUAAAGAAAUCAAAUACGAAUGGCUUU